UGAAGUGGCUGUAGUAGAAACGAACAAGCAGCUUACGAGCUGCACUCCAAGCGAGACUACCGCGCACAGGGAUCGGUAUGGCAGGAGGAGUAAAGCACCGCAUCGUAUUCCUCCUGUGGAUCUUGCUUACAGGCAGCGCUUCAAUUCGUGGAAGCAGAGGAGGAGCAAUUCUUGAUGAAGAGAGCGAGAAGGAAAACGACGCCGAGAGCCCUUGUGAAGUUAAAACCGUUACCGUUUCUACCCUGCCUGUACUCCGGGAGAAUGAGUUCAGUUUCACCGGCGGUGGCCAAGGAAGCGUGGGAGGAAUAGGAGGGGAGUCCAGGCUUCUUUUAUUCGUUAGAACAGACCUACCUGGACUAAUUUCUGUUAUGGAUGAUCUCGACAACACCGCUCUCCCAUACUUCACACUGGAGAUGUCAGGUACAGGGGCAGACAUCUCUCAGGUGCAUUGGAAGCAACAGUGGUUGGAGAAUGGAACACUAUAUUUCCAUGUGUCCAUGAGCACCUCUGAGCAGCUGAUGCAGACCACCCAGCCAACGGCCCGGGAGCCGGCUCAUGUCCUGCACGAAAACAUGCACUUGCUGCACAUCUCUGUUAUGGGAGGCCUGAUUGCUCUCCUCUUCCUCAUCCUUCUCUUCACGCUGGUGCUGUACACCCGCCAUCGUUGGUGCAAGCGACGGCGCAUCCCACAGAAGAGUGCCAGCACUGAGGCUACCCAUGAGAUCCACUACAUCCCAUCUGUGCUGCUGGGGCCUCAGGGCAGGGACAGCUUUCGGGGCUCACGCCAGCUGCAACACAACUCUGUCAUCGGCAUGCCCAUUCGGGAGACCCCCAUCCUGGAUGACUAUGACUGUGAUGAUGAUGAUCAGGUGGGACAAACACAGACCUCCACACCAAACCAGGUUCACAACCAGCUGAGCGAUGGAAAAGGGCAAUACCUCCAGGAGUAUGGGCCCAGCCAGGAGACACACAUCCACAACCAACAAACUGACGGACUGAGAAAGGGCGAGGACAUCUUCCAACACUGUCUGGAAAAAAAUGACCUUGACCCAAAGCAGGAGACGGUGGAGGCAUUGAUGCAGCGUUUCAAGGAUGGUUUCCGUACUAACACUACAAUGGAGAUUGCUCACUACGAACAUAACAUCAUACACAGCUCCUCCACAGGACGCAAGAGAGUCCCAAGCCACACCAGAGUGGCUGGUAGUGUUUUUGGGCAACAAGAAGACUCUGGGUCAGAGGGUGACGAAGAGACCCAGCUGAAGUUCUACACAGAGAAGCACAGAGGCCGCCGGCGCAGCAAAGGUUGUCCGCAAAGUCUGAUGAACAAGGCCACUCUGACUUUAAUCACCAUCAGUAUGUGUGUCCUGGCUGUGGUUUAUGGCACACAACUUUCCUGUUCUCUCACUGUCAAGGUCACCCUCCAUGUGCCCGAACACUUUGUAGCAGACGGAAGCAGUUUUGUGGUGAGUGGGGGUAGCUUCCUGGAUGUGUCUAACUGGCUGAACCCUGCCAAGCUGUCCCUUUAUUACCAGACUAACUCCUCCACCCAGUGGGUCAGGGACUACUGUGGACAGAGGACCACUGAACCCUGUGAACAGUUGUGUGACCAGGAAACAGGAGAAUGCAGCUGUCACGAUGGCUAUUCCCUUGACCCAGUGCAUAAACACCUCUGUGUUCGCAGCGACUGGGGUCGCAACGAAGGUCCCUGGCCCUAUACUAACCUGGAAAAGGGAUAUGACAUUGUUACAGGAGAACAAGCACCAGAAAAGAUCUUCAGGUCUUCCUAUAGCCUGGAUCAAGGCUUGUGGCUGCCAGUCAGUAAGAGCUUUGUGGUACCACCAGUGGAACUUUCAGUCAACCCCAUCGCCAGCUGCAAGACUGAUGUGCUAGUGACAGAGGACCCUGGGAAUAUCAGGGAGGAGGCCAUCAUGUCCACCUAUUUUGAGACUGUAGAUGAUCUCCUUGCAUCUUUUGGCCCUGUCCGAGACUGUUCCAAGGACAAUGGAGGCUGCAGGAAGAACUUCAAGUGUGUGUCAGACCGCAGAGUUGACUCAACAGGCUGUAUGUGUCCUGAUGGGCUGCAGCCAAUGAAGGAUGGCUCAGGUUGCUUUGAUUCCUCUAAGGGUACAGACUGCACAGACGGCUUCAAUGGGGGCUGUGAGCAACUGUGUCUUCAGCAGCUGGUGCCCCUACCGGACGACCCCAGCUCCAGCAGCGUCCUCAUGUUCUGUGGGUGUGUUCAGGAAUACAAGCUGGGGGUCGAUGGUCGCUCAUGUUACCUUCAGACAGGAAUCUGUGAGAGUCCAAGGUGCCAGAGACUGGAUGUUCGCUUCAAUGGCACCCUCUUUGGGGAGAUGCUGCAUGGCUACAACAACAAGAGCCAGCAAGUUAUUCUUGGACAGGUUUUCCAGAUGACCUUUCGGGACAAAAACUUCAUUAAGGAUUUUCCCCAACUUGCCGAUGGAUUGAUGGUCAUUCCCUUGCCUAUAGAGGAGCAGUGUAGAGGACUGCUGUCGGAACCGCAGCCCAAUCUGCAGCUCCUCACAGGUGAUGCCCAAUUCAAUGAGGCUAUGGGCUACCCUAUGGUUCAGAAAUGGAAAGUGAGGAGCAACCUGUACAAAGUCAAGCUCAGUGCCAUCACAUUGUCUACAGGCUUCUCGAAGGAUCUUAAGACCCUUACUUUAGAGAGCACCAGGGAGCAGCUGCUGUCCUUCAUCCAGCAGUACGGCAGCCAUUACGUGUCCGAGGCCCUCUAUGGUUCUGAGCUCAGCUGUACCAUCUACUUCCCCAACAAGAAAGCCCAGCAACAGCUCUGGCUACAGUACCAGAAAGAGGUGACAGACCAGGGCAGCAGGCGGGAGCUCAAGUCAAUGCCCUUCAUCAGCUACCUGUCUGGGCUGCUGAAGACUCAGCUGCUUACAGAAGACCUGGUGAAUGGCGUGGAGAUCCGCUGUGAGGAGAAGGGUAGUUGCCCCUUAGCCUGCCAUCUUUGCCGCCAGACGGGUCGCGAGCAGCCCAUACCCACCCCUGUCUUGCUGGAGGUCACCCGCAUUGUGCCCCUAUACAGCCUGGUGCCGGACAACAUCACCAAGGAGGUCUUCAAAAGUACCAUGAUGAGUUCAUACUGGUGUGAAGGAAAGGGCGAUGUCAUCGAGAACUGGUGUAGGUGUGACCUGACUGCCUUCAACAAUGAUGGCCUUCCCAACUGCAGUCCCCUAAAACAGCCUGUGCUUAGACUGGCCCCUCACCUGGAGCCCUCCAGCACUAUGGUGGCCCUGGAGUGGCUGGAUGUGGAGCCACUGAUUGGCUACAAGGUCUCUGAUUACAUUAUCCAGCAUAAGCGGAUAGAGGAUCCCUCGGAAGCAGAGAUCUACACAGGUGAAGUAUUAAGUCUGGUGGAUGACCUUUUCUCAGGUCUGGGUUCGCCAUGUGUGGUGGCGGGUCGGAGGAAUGAAGAACAUCAUCACUCUGUCCUCUACUCGCUGGUUUUCAAGUGCCUGGAGCCCGACAGCCUCUACAAGUUCAGUCUACAUGCUGUGGACAGUCGAGGGAGUCAUUCAGAGUCUAGCUUCGUGUCUGUGCGGACCUCUUGUCCUAUGGUAGACGAUAGCCGAGCAGAAGAGAUAGCAGACAAAGUGUACAAUCUGUACAAUGGCUACACCAGUGGCAAGGAGCAGCAGGCAGCCUACAAUACUCUGAUGGAAAUCCCCCCUCCACUGCUCUACAGGGUUCAGCACCACUACAAUUCCCACUACGAGAAGUUUGGAGACUUUAUCUGGCGGAGCGAAGACGAGCUUGGACCUAGGAAAGCCCACCUGAUUCUGCGCAGGGUGGAGAGGAUCAGUCGAUACUGCCGUGCCCUGCUACGCAGCGCCUACAUCCAGAGCCGCACUGACACCAUGGCCUACAUGUACUGUCGCAGUGAGGAGGGUCAGCGCUCCAGCAAUGUGUGGCGUGGUUCGCUACAUGAGACACGAAUCUCCUGCAUGGAGAGACUGAUCUCAGUACAGCGCAACAUGUAUGGCAACGCCAAGCUUCGAUGAGACAGAGUGCCUGCCAUGACACCACGUGGUCUCUCCAAUGACUUGUGUUUUUCCAAACCAGGGGAGCCCGGAAACCUCUACACCACUGAACCUGGAUUGAAGACCCUAUUUUCAAAUGCCCUGAACUCCUUUUUUAAAGGGAGAAAAAAGUGCUAAGAACUGCUUUAAUAUAAAAGCUGUAUUGGAAGAACAUGCCAAGUAGAAGUGGUGUGUGAGCAUGUAAAUUAUCAUUCAACCUACAGAAAAUUGGUUGGCAAAAAAUACAGAAUGUAAUACUGCAGAUUCUCAUGGUGCUUCAACUCUGGAAGUGUACCAGUGAAAAUGGCUAUGAAAAAACAACUCCCUCUAUGUAUGUAUCGCUCCUUAUGGCGGGAGAGAUUGGAAAGAGACCAUUAGAUUGGUAUUUACCAUUAUGAUUUUUCUUUUGUCUAUUCAUAAUGCUUAAAAGUAUCACCACUUAAGAUUAAUGUAGUAUGUUUACUGCAGAAAACAGUGUUUAUCAUGAAGACAGCAGAGAGACGGAUUGUAAUGUCAUCAGCUGUACUGUACAGUGUUUGAGUAAUGCUUGGCAGAAAAGUUCUUAACUGUUUCAUUUUAUGUUUGUUGGUUUUCAAAUGCUGAGAGCUCCUAAGUAGUAAAUUAUUAUGGUCAACUAUUUAAUAAAGGAUUGAAUGAAAUCUAACUUUCAUAAAUCUUUUCGAAAAUGUCACUUGAUUGUAUGGAUUGCAGUGUGAUGGUCGAUGAAUGCCAGUAAAAUGAAACGCUAAAGUCAUGUUUGAUUGUAUGGAUUGCAGUGUGAUGGUCGAUGAAUGCUAGGAAAAUGAAACGCUAAAGUCAUGUUUGAUUGUAUGGAUUGCAGUGUGAUGGUCGAUGAAUGCUAGUAAAAUGAAACGCUAAAGUCAUGUUUGAUUGUAUGGAUCUUUAGGGAUCCUUUCCCUCAAGGAAACGUUUACAUGACUUUCCAUCUUUCAAGAGCCAUGGACAUUGAAAUUCAACUUGUUGUUUUUUAGUAGAAUUUAAUUUCACGAUAUAUAUCAAUUGUGAUAGUAAAUUAUGAUAUUGUAAAUAUUAAAUUGUACAUGACAGGUAUUAUGUUGGCUUCUAUUGUUUUCUUUCCCUGAAAUAAUGUGAUAUUAAAUACUAUACCACAAGCAUCUGCACGAGAAUGAAGCGCUGUUAAACUCAUUUUUUCAUGCUAUAUCCUGCAGUGAGGUCCCUGGCUUGGAGAGGAAAUGCAAAAUUAGGAUGAACUCAAAACACAUGCAUUAUCACAUAAUUAUUAAAACAGAACAGCUACAAAUGCAAAAAUACACUGAUGAGCCAAAACUACAUGACCACCUGCCUAAAAUGUGCCACCAAAACAGAGCCGACCUACUGAGGCAUGGACUCUAUAAGACCCCUGAAGGUGUGCUGUGGUAUCGGGCGCCAAGAUAUUUGCAGCAGAUUCUUUAAGUCCUGUAUGUUGCGAGGUGGAUCCACCAUGGAUCAGACAUGUUAGUCCAGGACAUCCCACAGAUGCUCAAUCGGAUUGAAAUCUGGGGAAUUUGGA